CACUGGAUCACGAGGACCAUCAUGCGGAAAAGUCUCGGGGAUCUGAUUAUAAUCAGAGCAACAAAAAACAACAAAACCUACCAGAUAAACUUCCAGUUUUAACCGAUUUAACGAGAGAAAACAGCCAAGAAAAGCUCAAAAACACACAAAAACACAAAAUGUCGUCGGAGGAAUUCGAGAAGUUGCACGAAAUCUACAGAUCGCUGUACGACGAGCUGAAGCUAAUGCCGGAGAGAGUCCUCAGAAGUCACGGAGAGGAGAGGAAGAGGCUGGUGAGGACCUUCGAUGAGAGGCAGGGGGAGGCUGAGGAAGUGUUACAAGGAAUGGAAGAAGAGCUGCGCGCUGCCCCUUCCUCCCACAAAAAUGCUAUGAGCACGAAGCUGCGUCUGUACCGACGGGAUCUGGGCAAGCUGCAGAGGGACAUGAAAAACAACGCUCCUGGCUUUGGUUCUCCUUUCCAGCAAGUGGAGGGAGGUCAUCACGGCAUCUAUUCAUCACAAAAUCAGCAAAGUACACACGUGCAGUCCCAGAGAGCCUUGCUGCUCCAGGGCACGGAUUCCCUGAACAACGCCAGCCAGAGUAUUGAACGAAGUCAGCGCAUCGCCAGCGAGACGGAGCAGAUCGGCACGGAUAUCAUCGAGGAGCUGGGGGAGCAGAGGGAACAGCUGGACCGCACCAGAAACAGAUUGGUGAAUACUGGAGAAAACCUCAGUCGAAGCAGAAAAAUUCUUCGUGCUAUGGCACGGCGGCUGGUGACGAACAAGUUGCUGUUAGGGGUCAUCAUUUUAAUGGAGUUGGCCAUUCUAGGUGCUGUAAUUUAUCUGAAGUUCUUCCGGUGAUCAAACUGUACCAUCUGAGAACAGUCUACGCUCUGGAUCCAGGGCAAACCUAGACUCUCUACAUCUGUCUCAACUGACUAUCCAGAAGCAAUAAUGUUCUUUUUCUGUGAGUGCAAAUAAGCACAAUGGAUCAGUCUUAAAGUGAACCUUUACCAAGAGGGGAUUCUGUUCAUGGGCCGGCGAAGUUUCAUUUGACAAGAAGUUUUUACCUGUUAAUGGACCAAACACACAGAAGCUCCAUGGACAAACUGUGAACUGAGAUUUGCACUGUUUUACCAGGCUGUUAAUGCCAAUAAUGCCCUGAUUAUCUGGACAUGUGGGGGCUGCUACAGACCGCAGAGACGAUUCUCUGUAAAGAUUUGUUCAAGCAUGAGUUCGAUCUACUUACUCCCACAUGUGCAGGUUCUCUGGUAGGAGACAUGUUACUGGUAGACAUUUCUCAAAUUGGGAUACUUUAUUAUUAGUUAUCAAAACAGUUGCAAUAUAAUGCAGCAGUAUAUGAAAUACCACCAGUUUUUUUGUUGUGUUGUCCAGUAUCCAAAUGGUUGUAUUAGGAAUAAUUUUCCUAAUUUUGGAUAUUCGGACCAGAGGCCAAAUUUGUCAGUCAGAGGUGUGAAUGUGAAAAAUGGAUGGGAACUCUUAAUACACGCAAUGUUCUUAACAGUUAAUGAUAUUGUCUAAUCACUGUAUGAUACAAAAGUCAUGUUUGAAAUAGGGUUCAUUUAUGGGCUUAUUUGACAGUCUACACAUCAUUAAAGCUAAUCUUUAACCUCAGUUUGGGAUGUAUCUGAUAAUUUUCUAGGAUGGCAGCCAAACAGGCCAGAGUAAAAAAAAAACAUCUGCUGUUGAGUUGACGUCAUUGUUACCGGCUGAAGCCCCAGACCGGACCAGGUUAGUGGUGUGUAAACAGCACCUGUUACUACGGAAUUAAUUCUCAAAUAAUAGGUGAUAAGGUUAUUUUUAGUGCUGUGUUUUGUGGCACAUCUGCCAUAAUGUUUUUCUUCCGCGUAGUUAUCAUGCCUUGGUGUGUGACGCCAAGUACAAAAACAUGUUUGGUGACCUUCUUGUGUGGAUCGGGUGGAGGGUGGAGGGAUAAGAUAAUGUUUGUUUUGUCUUUUUCUGAAGCGCUGCUUUCAAGCCCCUUAAAAAACUAAACAGCUUUAGGAUGUUAUAUUGGGUAAAUACUAAAGUUGUAUAACCACAUGUAAAUUGUGUAAUAUUUAUAAAUGCUACUAAUCAAUCAAUUUAACAAUGAUAACUAUAUAACAGUUACUACAAUACUGAAAACAGUUCAUAUCAGAGGCCCCACGUCAAAAAUAUUAUAUAAUCCAGAUUAUUAUUGUUUAAAUAAUUUUUUAAAAUGUAGGUUUGCAUUUCUUUUUUGUUAAAUAUGACGUUAGUAAUGGAAAUAUUUUCAGAA